UGGAUGAAGGCAGAGACAAGAAAAAAGAUGGAGGUCGAGGAAAAGAAGUCAAAAAAGUCCUUCCUCGUCAUGAUCUCGAUAGUCGAUGCCAUGUUCCGAAAGGUGGCUCCUGCUUCCCACCAGUCGUUGUGCUGGGAGUUGUCUUUGGCGGACGAUAGCCUGAACAGGGAAGUACCCAAUCGUUUGACGCUAUGUGAGCCCUGAUAAAUUGCAACUUGACCAAUUCUUAGCUACCGGUGCCUCGGCGGCCUACUCCCGGG